AGAUGAUGAAAAGGCGGAAAAUGUGCACGGCCGUGUCAUUUCACCUGUCACCCUAAAACUAGCAACACCAUGGCUGAGGGACUCCUCAUCUCAAUCUUAGGCCUACUUCCCCUCUUACCAUCUGCUGCAACCAUCAACGGCUGUGGCGGCACUGUGGACACCCGAGAACAUCACAGCGGCUUCCUUACGUCCCCUGGCUACCCUGACCACUACCCUGAGGACACGACCUGCACAUGGUUCAUUCAGGCUCCGUUGCAUGAAAAAAUUCGGAUCGAAUUCCAUGACUUUGACGUAACUGGGUCUGUUGGGUGUCACGGAGACUACGUCAGCAUCUCCUCUCCAAGUUCAAAGCAGCAAGAGAAAGUAAAACAUAGAGUAAAAGCGGAGGAGCCAAAGGGGGACGAAGUGAGAUAUUGCGGUGCCAAAGGACCAGAUAUCAUAACUUCAAAAGGUGACACACUUGUGGUGACUUUUGUCUCAAAUGCAAAAGGAUCUUGCCGGGGAUUCAAUGCUACAUACAGCGUGAGGGAAGAAUGGGUCACCUGUGGUUCCUUCACACAAGCUCAGGAAUUCACCUUCAGCUCACCCGACUAUCCCGCUUCCUUGCCCGCUGACCCACUUCAGUGUUCCAUUACGGUGGACCACGGCUGCGACUCUCCGAUAUGCCAGCUUCGGCUGGACUUCGACGAGUUCUUGCUUCAGCCGCCAUACUGGGGGGAGUGUAAGUACGAUCGCUUCUACGCGGAAAGCGCUACGCCUCUUCCUUUUCUCUGUGGUGUCAACAACGGCUCUCAUAUGUAUGUGAACGUGGAGGGCAGAGGCAAGACGGAGUUGACGUUCAUGCUUCAGGAACUGGAGUAUUACCUGUACCAUUGCUACGACCUUUACGGAAGCAUCUCAAAUGAAGAAAAGUUGAAAGAUGAAGAAGAAUCAGAUGAAAACGUCCAAGUUGAAGCACCAAAAAAUAGGAAGAAAAGAGAAUCUGGAGAUUUCAGACAGGAAGACAGCAAUGUUGACUAUACAGACCCGGAGAACAAUGUGGGAAGAGAAGCCCUGCAGGAGGAAAGAAUUAUCCGUCAGGCCCCCUCUACCGCAGCCUCCAGUGCAGCCCCGACCACCACAACCACGACCACCACAACCUCUUCCACCAGUACCACUACCACGGAGGGAGACGUCACAGUGGCUCUUUACAAUUACAAGGAUGCCAAGGUUGUCUCGUUCCCUACAAGGCGGGCAUGGAGGAUUAAAGUCACGCAAAUCCCCUGCGAGUGUCCCAAAGCCCGCGUGCCACAAGCACCUGUGGGUUGUUUGCAGUAUUACCAAGGCAUCACUGAUGAGUUUAAAAGCUUUAAUUUUGAUGGCGUGGGAUGCUACUCAGAAGACCGUUGGUGUGACUUCUCCACCAUCAGCCACGCCUCAGACUGUGACAUCAGAGUUGGUUAUACAGGACAUUUUAACAACUUGGACUACAGCAUCUGUGUGGAGCCCGAGUCAGGCUUCUGCGGCAUCCAGUACCAGCAGAUUGACCGGAAUGGCUUCUCGCUUACUAACGUCACCCAUUUCAAGAAUGAGGACGCCUCCUCCUUGGCCGAGGAACGUCUUUGA